AUGGCAAUCCCCGGCGAGCGCUUCGUUCUUGACUUGUCUGACGACGACGAAGAUCCCGGCCAUCAUCAGCAGCAGCCCGCCCCCGCCCCCGCCCCCGCCGGCCUCACGAACCUCAUCGGCGAAAUCAAAGAACGCACGCCCAAUCCACCCACCGCACCUGCUCUCAGGACGUCAUCCAAGGGCUUCCCAACUUCGAAAAACCGUCUUGCUGGCUCGGCGUUCAAGCAACAACGACGUGCCAAUGCGUUACCUGCCGUCCAACCCCGCUCUUCCUAUUCCUAUCACCCCCCCGCUGCUCCACUGCCACCACAACCACAGCGCACAACAUUGUCCUCGCAAUCCGCAUCGCCGGAGGAUGAAGAGAAAAGAAUAAUAGACGAAGAAAACAAACAGCGAUUAGCUUCCAUGUCCGAUGCGGAAAUCGAGAGUGAAAAGGCCGAUUUGCUGGCGAAUUUGUCCCCUUCGUUGAUUGAAAGAUUGUUACGGAGGGCAAAUAUUGACGAUGAAAUGGCAACUUCGUCGACAAGCGUUGCCAGACCGGGAACAAGUAGAGAGGGCGAACCGAAAAGCGAUGAACCUGUUCAGGCUAGGUCGGAGAAAAAGUCGGUCUCCUUUGAUGUCACUGCUCGCGACUCAGAAGCUACGGCCACAGACUUGGAUGAUAGACCACCCGCUGUACACCCCGAUGAUUUACGGCCUGCGUCAGAAUUUCCAUCGGGUCCUAUACAUUUCCCCACGCCGCCUCCGAGACAAACCCCCAUGCCGAACCUUGACCCUACCUCCCCUUCUUUCUACGAUGACUUACAAGCACACUACUUCCCAGAUAUACCCCAUGACUCUUCAGCCCUGUCAUGGCUAAAACCUCGAAAUGAGGAGGAUGACAAGGACACUGAUCCCAAAAUGUUGUCCGCGUAUCACCCGUCAAGUUCUACUACAGAAAUCGUGCCUUCGGCACUCCGCUUUUCCUUCCGCGGAGAAAUGCUACCUCCUUCAAAGUCACUAUUAAUACCUACAACGCUCGGUCUGCACCAUCACGCGGACGACCCCGAGGCUGCCGGGUACACCCUCCCUGAACUCUCUAUUCUCAGUCGAUCGACAGUACCCGCCCAAAGAUGCAUUGCAUGGCAGGUCUUUGGACGGAUACUUUUUAGAUUAGGUACCGGCGAGUUUGGUGAGCCUGGAAGCGAUCUGGUAGAAGGGCUAUGGAAAGUGGUUGAGCAUGAAGGCGUGAUUCCGCGAAUGCUGCAAGAGGCGGAAGGCGGACCAAGCCAGCAGCGACGCGGCCAAGAAAACCGUCCAGAGAAGGAGGACGACAAGGUAGACACGGGAUUAAAGUCGAAUAUAGGGAAGCAUGCAAGCGCCAAAGCAUGGGCAGUGGAGGGUAUAUGGCUGUGGCAGAAGGGUGGGGGUAACCGGGGUAUCACUAAUGACUAA